CCAGCCAGUGGCUCCUGCGGCGCCCUCCCGCACCCGGUCGCUCCUCGCUGGGGCGGGACCUAGCCCAACAGCUCCGGUCACUAUGAGUGAAACAUCUUUCAACCUAAUAUCAGAAAAAUGUGACAUUCUAUCAAUUCUCCGGGAUCACCCUGAAAACAGGAUUUACCAGAGGAAAAUCCAGGAACUCAGCAAAAUGUUCACCGCAAUCCGCAAGACCAAGGGGGACGGGAACUGCUUCUACCGGGCCCUGGGCUAUUCCUACCUGGAAUCUCUGCUGGGGAAGAGCAGAGAGAUCCUCAAGUUCAAAGAGCGUGUGCUGCAGACCCCCAACGACCUCCUGGCCGCCGGCUUUGAGGAGCACAAGUUCCGAAACUUCUUCAAUGCUUUUUACAGUGUGGUGGAACUGGUGGAGAAGGACGGCUCCGUGUCCGGCCUGCUGAAGGUGUUCAACGACCAGAGCGCCUCCGACAGGAUCGUGCAGUUCCUGCGCCUGCUCACCUCGGCCUUCAUUAGGAACCGCUCGGACUUCUUCCGACACUUCAUCGACGAGGAGAUGGACAUCAAGGACUUCUGCACUCACGAAGUGGAGCCGAUGGCCACGGAGUGUGACCACAUCCAGAUCACGGCCCUGUCUCAGGCCCUGAACAUCGCCCUGCAGGUGGAGCACGUGGACGAGACGGACACGGCCCUGAACCACCACGUGUUCCCCGAGGCCGCCACCCCUUCCGUUUACCUGCUCUAUAAAACUUCCCACUACAACAUCCUUUAUGCAGCUGAUAAACGUGAUUAAUUUUAGGCCACGAAGUGGAGUCUGUACCCUAACGGGGACUGCAUUCUGAAUGGAACAUUAUGGCUCUUCAAUUUUUUAAGCGAUUUACACUGUAGUUAGAAAACAGAACACAGACUUUGGGGCAGAGUCCCUGGGAAUGAGGCCUCCCAAUUAUGGACUGUGGUAAUUUGGCAGUAUUUUUAAUAUUCAUUUUCACAAAGGACCAAAUGGUUUUUAACUCGAAGUUAGGGUCCAGGGUCCUGGCUCUGCUCCAAGUCCCUCAGGACCUUGGGUGAGUCCCUCCCCUCCCCGGGCCUGUGUCUCCAGCACUGACAUUCUCCUGUUCUACACAAAUAAGCCAGGGCUCUCUGGUUUCUCUUCACCGUGGGCAGCGCUUCUAAGGGAGGAGAAGCUCAAGGUCAACUGUCUUAAGCGACUUACAAGUUCUAUAAAAGUGAAUCCAAUCUAACCAACUGUUGGGACUGGACUCUGGUGGAUGGCUGGAUGAGCGCCGGCCAGCUGGGGCCAGCCAGAACGCACAGGCUUCAUUCAGCGCUGUUCCAAACUUCCGUGAUGGGAGCGUUUUCUUACCCCUGACUUCAGAAGGAGAGACUUAUGCCAAAGCCUAGAAAGCGGACUUUAGCAGGAAGUUCAAGCUGUUGGGCCCCCUCUACCUCUCUCAGGGCCAGGACUGCCUGCCUGGCCCCUCAGGGUUCUGCCGCCAUCCCCACUCGGACAACUGCUCAAGAAAAAUGAGAAUCUGGGAGCUGGAAGCUGUGCAUCCAUCCCCAACGCGUACCCUGAAGUAGAAGCAGGCACUCAGGUGGAGAUGCUGGCACGUGCAGCCAGACUCCAGCUGGGCAGAACAGACACGUUUCACACGGCUGCAUUUUUUCUUCUUUCCCCAUCCCCCGCUUCAGCUUGGUUUAUGGGCUGGCGAGAGGUCAGACGGGAAAGAACACAGGCAAGCCAAAGAAACUGGGAUUGAGGGAGACUUCUGGAAACUGCCUGGGAGUCGAGAGCCCUGGCUGGCAGCCUCCUCAUUCGCCCACCUGGACACGCCCACCUGGACACGCCCCUUAAUAACCUCACCUGCUGCCUCAGGACGUCAGAGCCCUGGCUGGGCUGGGGCACUGCUAGCCAGUUCUCUUCCUCUGCGGGAGGAGACAGAGAAGGCAAGGGUGUGGCGCCGCCCUGUGUGCCACUUCCUUCAUCAAAGGCCUCCUCACCGGCUCCGAUCUGCAGGGAUUUGUCAGAGUCUAUUAGCGCUGUGUGCAGCGCGGGUCUGCUCCGAGUCCUGGGACACAGGUCACGUCAGGGUGCUUAAAUUCCAGGCAGGGGUGUAGGUUCCUGUCCUGCCAUCGGCUGGAAUGUGAACCCAAGGGCUCAGACUGAGUGGUAUGUCACUUGUCCACAGGAAUGUGAACCUGACCCUUACGUCCGAAUUACUUCCGUGUCCCGCCUGCUCCGAGCAGGGUUGGGCUCCAUGACAGCACACUGAGGGGGGGACGUGUUACGUAGUGUGUGAGUAUUGGCGUCCCCACCCCCAAACUGAAGAGCGGGGACACACGACACAGCGGCCACUGUGAAGGUUGUGAGGUGGGUCCUGAGCCCCAGCCAGGCGCCCCGCGCAGCGUGAGCUGCACUGGCUGCCGCUUCCCUGCACGCGUGGCUUGUGCAGCUCUCACAGAAGCGGUUUUCUCUUUGGCAGACUGGCUGGAGAAAUCCCCUCUGAGACUUACCUACACUGUGCUUCCAGGCCUGGGGCCCACCAGUGCUCAGCUGGGACCCUCUUCCCAGGAGAGAGCCCACCAGCUAAGAACCAGAGUGCCCGAGAGAGGCGGGCCAAGUUCCUUUCCCUGCGGGAAAGCACUGCAGAAAGAGUGGCAGGGUUCAGUGGAACUCUCAGACGGGUGGCUCUAUGUCCGAAUAAACCCAUUAAGUUGAAAGUAUUUUAAGUGGAAAAUGCAUUUAAUACACCAAACCAACUGAAUGUCAGUUUAACGUAGCCUACCUCACAUGUGCUCAGAAUACUUAGCCUACUGUUGGGCAAUUAUCUUGGGUUUCAUCUCAAGAACCCUCUCUUCUCAGCAGCAGGAGACAGACGGGUGGGAUGAGAAAACAAAACACAACAUCUGAAAAGUGCUGGUGACGGUGUGCCCUGCAGCGCACCGGCGGCCCGGAGCCACAGCUGGCCCGGAGCCGCAGCUCGCUGCCGCCACAUCACGGCAGAGCAGCUCACCACAUUUGACCAGCCCCGGAAAGACCAAAACUCAGAAUUCAAAUACGGUUUCCACUGAAUGUGUGCAUUCACUUUUGUACUAUCAGGAAGUAAAAAAAUCUAAGUCAGGCACAGUCCGACUUGUUGAAAUCAAGCCAUGCUAACAAUCACUGUCCUUGGAUGAUUCUCCUCCCCUCCCCACAAAGCCAUCCCUUUCCAGACCAAAAGCUGGAAGGAACGUUGCUUUAAGAGUUUAUAACUGCGUAUUUAUUACUUUCUUUCCCGAGGAAACUUCAUAAAUCGGGAAAUAUUUACCAACAAAAAGAACAAACUCUCCUGGCUUUUGACUGGGUCCCUAUUUAAGCAUAAAGUAGCUCUUGCGGCGGCUUGCGUUUGGAUCUCAACUUUGUAACUUACUAGCCCUGUGACCUGGCCAAGACACUUGGCCCCUCUGAGCCCCAGGUCCCACGUCAGUGAAACAGCUGCACAUCACAGGACACUGGGUAGAGUGGAACGAGACUGUGUGAAAACAACUACAAGACCCGACGUGUAGUGAGUGUUUCACAUCCCAAGGGCAGCAGCGGUACUGCUCAGUAGGGGGACAUGUCACCUCGCCAGUGGCACUAUGGUUUCCCCAACAGUGGCCUAAGAACCACACACAUCCCCUUGCUGAGCAGAAAUGGGGGCGGGGUUGUGGCUCUGAGUGGCUGCGCUGGGGCCUUAGGUCC